GCAUUACAGACCGCAGAGCGAGGUGGGACGCUAGAUCCCAAUUUGGACAGAUGCUCCUCAGAUGAUGGACUCAUAAACAUUGUUGCUGUUGAGUGGGAACAGCAGUAAGAUGCUGCCGUGGAAGAAGAGUAAGUUUGAUCUGAUCGAGGAAGACAAGCAGUCCAAGCAGAAGGGCUAUGCGGUGAGUCUCAACUACUCGGCGCUCACCUCCUUCGCCAAGUCCUGCCCGGAGAGCGCGCUCAACCGGGUGGGCAGCAUGUUCAAGUCCAAGAGGAAAAAGGUGCGGAUCACCAGCGAGGACCCCACCUACACGGUGCUCUACCUGGGCAACGCCACCACCAUCCAGUCCAAAGGGGACGGCUGCACGGACGUGGCUGUGAGCAAGAUCUGGGGCAAAAGCGAGCUGGGCAAGAACGGCACCAAGAUGCGCCUGACCAUCAGCGCGCAGGGCAUCCGGAUGGUGCACGUGGACGACAAAGCCCGGAGGCCGGGACACUUGUACCUGCUGCACCGGGUGACCUACUGCGUGGCGGACCCGCGGCUCCCCAAGGUUUUCGCGUGGAUUUACAGGCACGAGAUGAAGCACAAGGCGGUGAUGCUGCGCUGCCACGCCGUGCUCGUGUCUAAGCCGGAGAAGGCGAAAGCCAUGGCGCUGCUGCUCUACCAGACGUCCGCCACGGCCCUGGCCGAGUUCAAGAGGCUGAAGCGGCGCGACGACGCGCGGCACCAGCAGCAGCAGCUCAUCGGGGAGCAGACCAUCCCGCUGGUGCCGCUCAGGAAGCUGCUGAACGGACAGUGUUUCUACAAACCCCCCGUGGAGCGCAGCCGCAGCGCGCCCAAGCUGGGCUCCAUCACCGAGGACCUGCUGGGGGAGGAGGAGGAGGAGAAGGCGAUGCACUUUGAGUGCGAGGACAUCCUGGACACGGACUGCGCGGACGCCAAGCGCGAGCUGACUCAGAUUAUUAACGAUUUGGGGGAGAUGAGCAUAGGGAACGACGUGCGGACUCUGAAAGCCGACCUCAGGGUCACCAGACUCCUCUCUGGGGAGAGCACGGGCAGCGAGUCCUCCAUAGAGAGCAACCAGGAGGCCCCCCCGCUCAGCAACGGGCUUGAGGAGGUCAAGGUGGGGACAGCCUGAAGACGAUUCUGUGCACCUCUCUCUUUAUUUUGUGUUGUUUUUGUUGAGCCACAUUGUCUCCACACUGUGCUGGGAUCAGACUGGGAGGUCCUGCACAGACCCAGUCAGGCUGCUGGAUCACAUUUUAACAAAAAGAGGAAAAAGUGCAAAUGCACAAGAGGUGAACUGAUGUGAGCUUUAGAGAUGAGAGCAGCCAGUGACCGAUGCACAACACUGAUCUUUCAGCUGAUUAUUUACACAGGCUGAUUAAUCGAUCCAUCUUUUCAAGAUGACAAAAUCCCAGUUGUCUCUGCUGCAAGUUACUCCACCUCCUCUGUUCACGAGGAUUUGUUGUAGCAUCAAGCUUGUUUACCUAAAAGUUUUUGUGACACACUUGAAAUGGCACUUUUCAGCUGAAACAUGCCGGUCUUGAUCCAAAAACACAACAGCAGCAUCCCAUUUGUUCUCAAACGUGAGCACCCUGAAGCCUGUUAGUUCUGCUCCGUGGAUUUAUUUUUUAUUUCUUAUUUUUUGCACUGUUGUCUUGACUACAAUGUACAUAACGUGUGUCGAUAUGUUGUCUGAAACAUAGGUGUCCUAUCUUUGCUGUGCAAAAGAACAAUAUACUGUACCUUUUGUGUAUUAGAAUGGAGAUGGUAUCUUUUUUUAAUAAAAAAAAAAAAUCUAAUGUGGUUUGAUAUGUGAACCUCAUGGAAUUCUCAAUAAAAAAAAUU